AUGCUGCUGAGUGAGGAGAACGCGGCGUUGCUGGCGAAGUACUACAGGACGGUGCAGCUCACCGGAGCGCAGAAAGACUUGCUAAUAGAGAAAUACUGGGAGGCCAACAAGGAGGAGCGGAGGGAGAUCGCGCGCGCCUACGCCUCUCUCUUUGCGAACGAUGCGACCUUCAUGCAGCGGCUGAUGGCGCACUACGACACACACAUUGCUGCUUCCAGUCGAGGCAGGACAAAUGGCCGCAACGGCGGGAGUGGGGAGGAGGGGACGAGUGGGGCAAACCCGCGCGGGAAUUCAUCCGCCGCCAAUGACGAGGCGCAGCAGCAACAGCAGGCACGACCGUCGCGGUCCACGAAGGCUCCGAGCGGCGGGGUCCUCACCCACUCACAACUGCUGCUCCGCACGGCCAUUCAGGACCAGUACCAGAAGCUGAGUGGUGAUGGCCCGUUUCCUGUUUCAUUCGGCCUUGUGCAGACGGAGGAGGAGCGCCGUGAGGCUGUCGAUCUGUACUCCACGCAGUUCCAGUACCCCGACCCACCGGAGCUGCAGCGGCUCGUGAUGCUCCCGCAGUCACACUCUACCCGCACCCGGCGGCGCGCUAAGGGCGGCUAUACGUGGUACCUCCGCUCGCACACCACGCAAGAGAUGCUCUGCGCCGUCACCAUUACCGCGCACCAGUACGACACACAUCAGUUUGUGGAGGUGCCGCUGUUCGCCACGGGUGUCGGGUACAAGAAGUGUGGCUUUGGACGGCUGCUCAACGCCGCGCUUGUGGAAUGGUGUGAUGAGGCGGGCUUUGAGUUUCUGAUGAUCUCUGCAGACGUGCAGGCUAUUCCUUUUUGGUCGCACCUAGGGUACACCAUCAUGUCAAAGAGUGAGCUCACACGCAUCGCAUUUUACUACGAGCAUCACUGCUACAAGUUCAAGGGCGCGGAGGCGAUGAUUCAGUACUGCAAGUCGUGGCCCAGGCGUGACCUGCGCACCGCGCUUGAGCGGAUGCCGAAGAUUGUUGUUGUUGGCCCGCUCAGUCUCCCAAACCCGUGA